AAGAUUAAAUAUGAGUGAAUUGGAUCAUGGGAUUGAGUUAUUAAAGAAUUGUAAAUUAAUUUCUGAGUCUCAAAUUCAAGUUUUAUGCUAUAAAGCAAGAGAAAUUUUAGUAGAAGAAGCAAAUGUUCAAUGGAUAGACUCACCAGUAACAAUAUGUGGUGAUAUUCACGGACAAUUUCAUGAUCUUAUGGAGUUAUUUAAGGUUGGAGGGAUGUGCCCAGAUACUAAUUAUAUAUUUAUGGGUAAAUUAUGAUAUAUAUAUAUAUUAUAUAGGUUUAUACCUACGUUUGAAAGGAGAUUUUGUGGAUAGAGGAUUUAAUUCAAUAGAGACGUUUUUAUUGUUAUUAUCUUUUAAAGUUCGAUAUCCAGAUAGGAUUACUUUAAUUCGAGGGAAUCAUGAAUCACGACAAAUUACACAAGUCUACGGGUUUUAUGAUGAGUGCAUACGUAAAUAUGGAAAUGCUAAUGUCUGGCGUUAUUGUACAGAAGUUUUUGACUAUUUAUCUUUAGCAGCAAUAGUUGAUGGUAAAAUUUUUUGUGUUCAUGGAGGAUUAAGUCCUACAAUAACAGCAAUAGAUCAGAUAAGGUUAAUUGAUCGAAAACAAGAAGUUCCUCACGAAGGACCUAUGUGUGAUCUUCUUUGGUCAGAUCCAGAUGAUAUUUCUGGUUGGGCAUUUUCUCCAAGAGGUGCAGGUUUUCUUUUUGGUGCAGAUGUCGUAAAAUCUUUUUGUAGAAUUAAUCAGAUUGAAAUGAUUGCAAGAGCCCAUCAACUUGUUAUGGAGGGCUAUAAAAUUAUGUUUGAUGGUCCAUUACAAAAAUUAAACAUAGAUAAAAAUGAUGAAAAUGAUGAAAAUAAUGGGAAUAAUGAAAACAAUGAAAAUAUCGAAAAUGGCUUAAACAUAGUAUCAUCUAUUUCAGAAUGCGUAUUAACUCCAGAUGAUGAACUUGAUUCUGGAUCUAUAGUUACAAUAUGGUCGGCACCUAAUUAUUGUUAUAGAUGUGGAAAUGUUGCAGCUAUUUUAGAACUUGAUGAAAAUCUUGAAAAAUCAUAUAAAAUUUUUGAGGCAGCCAAGCAUGACCCAACAGUUAUGCCUCCUACCAAAAAACCUAUUGUAGAAUAUUUUUUGUAAUCUUUUUUAACUAUAUCUAUCUG